AAGUACACUGAAAAGUGGAAAAUAAAAGAGUUUUGUUGAACUCAGUUCUGGCCUGCCGUCCUUCUGUGCUCCACCCACCCGUCAGACUCGCUACACUCAUGUAUAUAAGGGACCAUGUAGCUUGUCUUAUCUAAAAUCUUGCAUCCUUCACAAAGCAUCUUGUAAAGAAGACAUUUCUUUCACCCUGCUUCUGACAACUUUCUUGUACAUAUUAAGAACAAGAUCAUGUCAUACCUAGCAGGCAUCCUUAUAAUCGGUGGGCAAGGAGGAUCUGGCUUUGAUUUUAAUGGUACUGGAAAUGGAGCCACACUGAAAAAGAUCUGGGUGUGGGCCAGCGGGUGGCAGAUAAAAGCCAUCAAGGUUUGGCUUACUGAUGGCCAGUCCAAGCAGAUUGGAAACCCUGAUGGGAAGUUUUCAGAAUUUAUUUUUGAAGAUGGAGAGCAUUUCACCUCCCUUUCACUUUGGGGAAAUGGAGCUGGAACACGUCUGGGUGGCAUCAAAUUCAAGACAAAUCGCUCCCGGGAGUUCUUUGCAUACAUGACAGACUGGGGUCUGAAAAGAGAAUAUCCAAUUGAUGUGGGUUCGGGGAUCUGUGUUGGAAUCAAAGGAAGUGCUGGUUCAGAUAUUGAUUGCUUAGGCUUCAUGUUCAUCAACACCAUCAGGUCUACUGAGCUAACAGAUGUUCAGUAUCCCACACUUCAUAGUGUGAUACCCAAUGUGGCUGUUGAGGAAAUCAAAUCUGCGACUUAUCAAAAUAAUACAAGUGAAACUCAAGAAUAUAAAAUAGAAACCUCCAAAACAAUCAGCAAAAAGUCAUCCUGGUCUGUUACCAACAAGAUUGAAUUUUCAUUUUCAAUGGAAGUGAAGGCAGGAAUUCCAGAAGUUGUGGAAGUAUCAGCUGGAUUUGGUUUCACAGUGGGCACCGAGAGCUCAUAUGGUUUAGAGAACACUGAAGAGAAAACGGAGCUGCUCUCAUUUCCUGUCAAAGUCCCUCCAGGGAAAGCCGUGGAUGUGGACAUCACAAUUGGCCGUGCUACAGUUGAUCUGCCCUACAAAGGCACAGUCAAGAUUACCUGCUAUAAUGGCAGCGUGCUGCAGUUUCCAACCAGUGGAAUCUACAAAGGUGUCACUUACACUGAUGCAAAAACAGUUGUGACGGAAUCAGCGAAAAACCUGUAAAUUCCACAUCUACAGAAAGAGCUUAGUGCAGAUGCACAUGUUUUGCAUUAGUAAAAGAAUCAGUUUGAUUUAGUUUGACUCUAGCUUGGUUUAAAUGAUUUUAUUAGAUUAUUACCAUUUCCCUUGUUAAUUGAAUGCUAUGAAGAUAAUUCAUCUGCUUCUUUUCAAUCUGUAAGGAGUUCAAUAAAAAUAAUUGUUCUCUUCA